AUUGUUGAUCGUCAGACUUUUGGAAAUGCAAUCAUUUAAUUGAUGGAGAAAAAUUAUCAGCCAAAAUUUACUGGAAUUAGAAGACUAAAAUGUAAAGAAUAAUGUUUUGGGCUAAGAAUCGUUUCACAUAAAGAAACAAUAACCCACUUCCUUGGCUUUUAUCGUCUCCAAGAAGCAGUGAUAGAUAUUUCUAAAUUUAUUCGAAAUAUGUCCUUUAACUCCGUUCAACACGAAACGGUUCUCAAAGAUGUGGAAAGUUAUGAGAAACGACCGGUGCCACCAGAUGGCGGCUGGGGAUGGGUCGUCUGCUUUGCUGCAGCCUCUCUCUGUUUCAUAGUAAACGGACUGACAAGUUCUUCAGGAAUAUUCCUCAUUGGUCUCACCAGAAUCUUUGAUGACCCAGUAUCGAAGCUGUCUUUAAUCGGAGCACUACAAAGUGGACUCAGUAUGCUUGCAGCUCCAGUGGCCAAUAUGUUGUUGGUUUACUUUAGCCAUCGGACAGUGAUCAUAUUAGCAGGUCUUCUGGGUUUCAUAGGAGCCAUAUUGGGAGCGUUUUCAACCAGUAUCGAUAUGAUGAUCGUUACAUAUGGCCUCAUCGCAGGUGUGUCACUUGGAAUGACAUUUUUUACUGGGCAAAUCAUUGCAGGAUUCUAUUUUGAAAAGAAGCGUGCUUUGGCAAUAGGAAUAUCGAACUGUGGAGGUGGAAUGGGGAUACUAGUGGGUAACAUGUUAAUUGAGUACUUCAUAGAGUUUUAUGGACCGAGAGGGACCUUGCUUCUUAUUUCAGGGGCACUUUUGAAUAUUGUUGUUUUUGGAUCACUUUGCCGACCCCUGCAAUAUGCCUACAAAAAUGUUGAGCAGAAAGAAUCUAAAGCCUCACCAGACGGAACCAACCAAACUUCUGUGAUGGAAGAUGAAGAAUCCCACAACACAGGAAUCACCAGAGAGAGAAGGAUCCGAAACGAGAGAUUCAUAAAGUUAAAAGAAACACAGAACGUGGACAGUCCUUCAACAGCAGAUAAAAAUAGCGUCAAGGGCGAAUACGUUGUCAGGAACCGGAAAGAUGAGAAUUCACUGGCGAAACGCUGCACAAAUAUAAUGGGUGUUGAAUUUUUUAAAAACAUUAACUUUGUGUUACUGAUGUUGUCCUAUGUCUUUUGGGUGUUUAGUCUUUCCGAGUUAAUGUAUUUGCCACCUCUCUGUGUCUGGUCGUUUGGUAUGACUCAGAAGAAGUCCGCCAUUUUGAUGUCGCUUCACGGAUUAUUCACAACAAUCGGUGAACUCUUCCUUGGCGUGUUUGUUGAUCUGCUUCACUUUCGUAGCAAGAACUUGUACAUCUUCUCUCUGAUAAUAUCCUCUGUAUCAAUCAUAUUGAUGCCAUACUGUUAUACCUUCCAGUACAUCGCUCCUGUAGUCUGUAUCUACAGUAUUGCUCUCGGGUUUACCGUAUCACUAAGACUGGUGUUAACCACUGAAGUCGUUGGUCUAGAACAUUCUACAAAGGCAUACAGUGUUCUAUGUGUCACGAGUGGAAUCGCAGGAUUAGUUUCCUCUCCUCUUUUUGGUCUGUUUUAUGACAUCACCGGAUCGUUCCUGGUUGUGUUCUACGGAGCUGGAGCCUGUGCCGUUCUUGCACUAGUGUUUAUUUCGUUAAUAACUUUACGUAAUAAAUUUUGUAUAAAAUAAAUUAUAUUUCAUAA